AUGAUUAAUAAAUUUAAAUUUUAUUUAAUAUUUUUAAAAUUAAUAUUAAUAUUAGUAAAUUGUCAAAAUAGUUUAAAUGAUUAUGGAUUUGGAAUUGUUGACGAAAGUUCAAUUUGUACAUCAUAUAUAGGUGAUGAAUUAUGUAAGAAUAGAUUAUCUAAUAGUGAAAGUAUUUAUACGACACCAGGUGGUGGUGGUGGUGGUGGUAUUGAUAAAUUAUCACAAAUUUCAACAUUACCAAUUUUACAAAAAGGGUUUCAAUCUUUAACAUUUUCACAAGGAAUUUGUAAAGAUUUAAAUUUUAUAGAAUUUGGAAUGUGUGAUUCAGCAUUAUCACCAUGUAUUGAAACAACACCAAAAAUAACACCAGGUUAUAAUAUAUCGUUACCACAAAGAGUGUGUAAAUCAGUUUGUGAAAGAAUGUUAAUUGGGUGUCCUCAACUUGCUAUACAAAUUGACUGUUCUAUUAGUUUUUUGUUCCCAAAAAUUGGAACUUUCUAUAAUUUAACUAAAUAUGGGUACACUGCCAAUGGCGGUAUGUAUAUGGUGCCAUGUAUAGACACAGAAAUAAAUUAUGAAAAGAAUAAGGUGCAAGAGAAUGUUGGAUUUUUAGAAUCAUGUCCGUACCCAUUACUAUUGAAAAAUUCCACAGAUCCCCAAUAUGCAGAGAAAAGGGGCUACACAUAUUUGACGCCCACCAAUUGUGUAUUGCCAUGUCCAAUACCAAAUUACACAAAACGUCAAAUGGAUAGUGUUAUUAAUAUGUCAAAAGCAAUGUCAUCAAUAAGUUUUGUGUUAUCACUUUUCAAUGUUAUUACAUUUGGGCUCUUAAUUAAAAAAAAAUCAAAAUACAAUGUAUGCAUUGCAUUAAUGGCAAUUGGAAGCUCGUUUAUCUAUUUAAGUGAUAUUAUUAAUUAUGGUGUCGGAAUUGAAAAACAGUUAUGUCCAGAACCAGGUAGAGUUGCCACACAACGUGUUGAUUCACUAUGUGGAUUCACAGGAUCAAUCUUUCAUAUUGGUAUAACAUUAUGUGUUCUUUGGUCAAUGACGAUGGGAAUUGUUUUAUAUUCAAAAAUUAAGCAAUUUAAAUUACCAAAUUUUCGUUAUUUUUUGAUUGGUAAUUUAUCAUUCACUGUAGUAACUUUAAUAAUUUUAGCAUCAGCUAAAAAAUUUCAAGGUGGAAAUGGUUUCUUAGAAUGUUGGAUGAGAGAUAGAUGGUAUGUUGUUGCAAUCUUUUGGAUACCAUGUGGUAUUGCACUUUUAUUAGGUGUUUUAAGUAUUUGUGGUGUAAUUUUUGAAAUUUAUAAAAUAUCUAAAAAUGUAUCAUUAAAAGAUAGUAAAGUUGUAAUUAGAGAACUUAAACCAUUUGUAUUAGUAGUUACAGUUUCAGCAUCUUUAAUUUACUUAUUUGUAUUUUAUUUUGAUUCUGAAUCAAAAUAUGAUUUUUAUAAAAAAGGUGUUGAAGAUUAUAUUUUAUGUUUAUUAACUAGUGAAAAUCCAUUAGAUGAAUGUUAUACAGUUGGUCCAAAUUUUAAUUCUUACUUUAUGUUUUACUUUUUAAUUAGAUUCUUUGGAAUUUUAUUUUUUGGAAUUUUUGGUACUUCUGAAAUUGCUAGAAACGCUUGGACUGAAUCAUUCUUUGUUACUAAAAUUAAAAGUAAAAUAUCAAUCACAACUGUUUCAUCAUCAACUCGUGGUGGUGGUGGUGAUACAUCUGGUAUAAAAAGUAGUAGUAGUAGUAGUAAUAGUGGUGUUUGUAAUAAUAAUAAUAGUACAAGAAAAAAUUAUGGUGAUGAUUUUAAUAGUAAAAAUUUAUCACAACCUGAUAAUACAAUAAUUACCAAUAACAAUAAUAAUGAUAAUAAUAAUAAAAUGGAAAUUGAAUUAGAUUCAAUUGAUAUUUAA